AUGGCCUCGCCUGGCACGGACGACGACAUCGGCGACGAGCACCUGUUCGACGGCGUCCGCUUCUUGCUGGUCGGAUUCAACAGCGAUGACGCGUCCCAGUACCGGUCGGAGAUAGUGCGGCGCGGCGGCGCCGACGCCGGGCCGUCGGGCAACGGGUGCACACACGUGGUCGUGGGGAACCGCAUCUACGAUGACCCGACGUGCGUGGCCGCGCGGGCGCAAGGGAAGAAGGUCGUCAACGGGCUGUGGGUGGAGGACAGCUUGGAUCACGGGGUGCUUGCUGAUGCUGAUAGGAAAAUGGUUUCCUUGAUGGGAGCACGGUUCUCAAAACCUUUAAUAGCAAAUGCGGUCACUCAUCUUAUUUGUUAUAAAUUCGAAGGUGACAAGUAUGAGGUUGCGAAAAAGGUGAACAUCAAACUUGUUAAUCACCGGUGGUUAGAAGACUGCUUAAAGGCAUGUAAAAUUCUCCCGGUCAGUGAUUAUAGCAAAAGUGGUUGGGAGCUAGAGUUAAUGGAUGCACAAGCCAUUGACUCUGAACAUGAAGCAGAAGCAUCAGAUCCAAGGUUAUUGAACAAUAGGCCCAGUGUCAGUGGUAACAGAGAGGUAGUGGCAGGAAGGAAUUUGAACACUCCUGUUCAUAUCAUAAAUACAGAAGAUGCAAACACCAAGACACUUGAUAUUAGAGGCCAAAGCAGUGCCAACUCUAUGGUUGCAGUUUUUGCUAAGGUUGAUGUCUUUGCACCCAUUCAAAGUCCUUCUGUUCAUAUCAUGAAUAUAGAAGAUGCAGACAGCAAGACACAUGAUAUUACAGGCCAAGACAGUCCUGACUCUCGUUUAUUGGCAAGUUCUGCUAAAGCUGAUAUACUUGCACCCAUUCAAUCUUCUGGUGAAAAGAGAGAUAUAGUAAGGAACACGAAUAGCCCGAAUCUGCAGGAAGUUAAAGAAAAAUAUGUUGGUGCAAGGACACAGGACCUUGCAAGUGGUGUUCUAGGUCCUCCAAGCACAAGCAAAAUGACUGUUUUUAGAAAUCAUCAUGUAGAUACCUUAAAUGGGACCCUGGGUAUUCUAAAAGGCCAUACAGAUCAUGUUUGUGGAAAAUAUUCUGCCUGUCAUGAUCAAACUGAUGUUGCUGAAGUCUUAUUGACCAGCCCUUUGAGAGGAAAUCAGUCUGUGGAUGAGCUUGAUUCAUCAAAAGUUGACAGAUGGCAACAUCAGGAGAAGGAUGGACCCUCAGAUAUUCAUAUCGCAGCAGCUGAUCAGUUAAAUGCUGAUGCCAAGCUCAACAAUCAUGAGUCCAAUCCAAAACCUGGCGGUGAUUCCAUGUCCAACAACAUCAAGAACACAAGUAAUGAUAAAAAGGCCUCUCGGAAGUCAUUUUUACAGGAAGGGCAUUCAGUUAACCAUAUGGCAUCACCUCAGAGGGCUGAAGAAAGCACACUGAGAGCAAAUGUUUCAUCUGAAAGGAUAAAUCUAGUUGAAGCUAAUGCUGUUAAUUUGGGAAAGCAACACUCUAGCUUUUCUACAAGCAGACAAACAAGAUCUAGGAAGACUUCUCUCAAGCAUGGUGGUCCCAUCAGUGGAAUCAAGCUUCCUGAAUAUUCAUCAAGUGAUAAGAACGUAAAAUCUUUACGGAAAGCAAGAAUGUCAUUCAAAGCAACGGCAGAAAGCUUUCAGUUUCAGAAUAAGGAUGGGGAAAGUACACAAACUAGUGGUAAUGCAUUGAAUGAGAUAGGAAAUGCCUGCACAAAGGAUCAGGCACAUGAAAAAUCUGUACACAGUUCAAGUAAUUCACAAGUUGUGCCCUCUUAUGGAAAUGCUGGCAACAGGAUAGCCGAUCCAGUCAAAGUGAAUGGUAAUGAAGUGGCAGUGGCAUCAAAUUCUGAACUUGAGAAGGUGGUGUCUGAUGCCACUGUGAAAGAAAGCACAAAACAAUUUCAAGACACUUAUAGGAAUGUCCAGGCUGAAACGAGUUAUUCAAAGAAAGCACCAGCUACUAUAAGAAGGAAUGCUGGUGUCAAGAGGCAUCGGAGUGCUAAUAUUGAGUCUGAAGGGUCAGUUAUCAACUGUGAUAAGAAAGUUGUUCCUGAAUCCUCGCUUGCCAAAGUGAUUCAUCAUGAGCAUGUUGAUCCAGUCUCUAAAAAUGGCUACAGCGCAGCAUGUGCAGCUGAACUCAAAACAAAUCCUCCAAAGAAAGCACCGAUUUGUAGUGUGACAGAGACUGUUGCAAAGAGGACACGGAGUGCUUGCACCAAGAUAGAUGAUGCACGGAAAAUACCAAAUUCCAGAGUACGGAAUAGAGCUGCGAAGAGGUCAUGGAAAUCUGACACCAACAUGAGCAACGAUACAUUAAUGGUCAAAACUGAGACAGUGGCUGCUGGUUCAUUGUUUGAUGACUGGUUUCCCUCAGGCAAUGUUGAAGAUGAAGAUUGGCCUAAAAAGAUUUCUAGUCAUGGAAAUGUUAAUGACUGUGAAACACUUUCUCCCAAGACCGUAUCAAAUGCCAGAAUUAGGAAUGCAGCUGCCAAGAGGAAAAUAAAAACUGUAGAAGACAAGUCUGGUGGCAAGUUUGGCAAAAUUGGUAGUGCCAUUACAUCUGAAACAACAGCUUUUUCAUCAAAGAGAACCGAAGGGAUUUCAUGUAAUAUCAACAAAGUAACUGCUGAUCCAGACUCCGAGAAGUCCAAUAAGGAUGUGAGGAGAGAGGUAUCUGGACUGUUUUGCCAAGAUUCUUGCACGAUAGACAAGCAAGGACCAUACAAUUCUAAGUUGAGAAGCAGCAAAAGAAAUAAAGCUCUGACUUCAGCUCUUGAAAAGGAGAACAGACUAGGCUGUAGUGAUCUCAACUCUAAACCAAAUAGAACUGGCAGUUUGUGUUCCAUAUCUGAUGCAAAAUCAAUGAAUGAAAGCACACUUGUGCUCAGUAAGCACCAAAGGGAAAAAAGAAGUGAAUCUGGAGCCUUGAUCAUGAGUGAACCUGCAUUAUUUAUUUUAAGUGGAAAUCGUCAGCAGAGAAGGGAUUGUCGCUCAAUACUUAGACGCUUGAAAGGACGAGUUUGUAGGGAUUCACAUCAUUGGUCAUACCAAGCAACACAUUUCAUCACUCCAGACCCUCUGAGGAGAACCGAGAAGUUCUUUGCAGCUGCUGCAGCAGGCAGGUGGAUACUCAAGAGAGAGUACUUGACCUCGUGCAUUGAGGCUGGCAAGUUCGUGGAUGAAGAACCAUUUGAAUGGUUUGCAACAUCGCCGCCAUACGCUCGAUUCCUAGACUCCGGGGUUGACUUCGCCGUAGUAUCAGAGACCAUACCAAGAGCAGACGCAUGGGUUCAGGAGUUCAUCGGUCACGGUAUUCCCUGUGUCAGCGCGGAUUAUCUGGUUGAGUACGUCUGCAAGCCUGGCCAGCCCCUCGACCGGCAUGUUCUCUUCAAGACGAACCACGUGGCCAGCAAGUCCCUUGAGAAACUCAUGAAGAACCAGCAAGAGAUGGCCACGGUUAAGUCAGAAGUGUCGGAAGACGACGAGGACGAUCCAGAGGACCUAAGUUGCUCGGUGUGCGGCCACAAGGACCGGGGAGACGUGAUGCUGAUCUGUGGCGACGAGGACGGUGAGAUCGGUUGUGGGAUCGGUACGCACAUCGAUUGCUGCGACCCUCCGCUGGACGCUGUCCCCGAUGACGACUGGCUGUGCCCCAAGUGCGCCGUACCCAAAUCCAAGACGAAGCGUACUACUAGAGGCACUGAACGCAAGGCCAGAGGAGGAUCCAGGCGAAGCCUUGGCCUUUUCAUCCGAAUCCGGGCGUGCCAUCAUGAGACCGCACGAGCACAAGCGCACGCCGCUCGCCCGAUUCGGGAAACCCUCCCCGUCCAAUCCGCCUCCCCGAUCGAGCCGGGCACAACGACUUGGCUUUGGAAGCAAGGGAAGGAAGAACGGAGCAGCCGCGAGACGAUCGUCGACGUCGAUCCCAACAAAGGGAAGCGGGCAGGUGGUUUGGCACCAAAGCGAUGGACCGGCUGCACUGCAUUCUUCCCGUGCACGGUGGCUGCACCGAUGCGGCAGUUGGGCACCAGGCUUUCUCUCUUGUUUCUUCGGGGCGCCGCCAUCUGGUCUGGUCUGCCGAUCGAUCAUCCUCAUCCUCAUCCCUUGGCUCGGCCGCACUCAAAGCGGCUGCCCAGGAAAGCCGGUGCAGCCACCAGUGGACUCUCCCCCGCCGUUUGCACUCCAUUCCCACUCGCUGCUCUGCUCUCAUCCCGGUUAUUGAAGAGGAGGCAGAAAAGGGGGGCAGUAAAGAUGGUUCUGGCCCGGAGCGCAGGCAUGCGCGCCCGCCCGCUGGAACAGCCCAACGGAACAGAGCAGCAGGCAAUAAUAAUUUUGGCACAACUUGGUGCUGAGCCCAGGCCGGGCCGUGAACGGAAUUUGCAUCGACCUGUCAAGGCGCCCAUGUGCUGCCUCCUGACUCCUGAGAGCUCCUCCCUUCCUCCAGCCACCACUACAAGCCGCUGCCUCCCGUUGGAACGGAGUGGAAUCCGAUGCGUGCGUCACAAUCAUAGUAUGAUGGGUCUCCUCAGUUGA